UCUAAAUCUCAGACACCCACACAUUUCCUCCUCUCUCCCGAGAUUUUGAAUGCGAUCGAAACCAGGCCAAUCGCCGCGUUGUCUCACUCAGUAGACCCGCCGCCAUUAGCUAAGCCCGUCCAACCCGCCAGCGCCAACAGCCCUUGUGUUUCACUGAAUUUCGUGUUCAAUCCAUUUUUACUUGUCGUUCCAGAUCUGUGGCUAGGUAAGCCAGAGCUCUUCCUGACUCGGGAAUGGCUUCUUCGGAAGCCGAUUCCCGCCUGAGCCAAGUGGUAGCUCCAGCCCUCGACAAGAUCAUCAAGAACGCCUCAUGGCGCAAGCACUCGAAACUAGCUCACGAAUGCAAAUCGGUCCUUGAGAUACUCGCUUCUCCUGAUAAGUCGCAGUCUCCAACGUCGCCUACAGAUUCGGAGCCUGACAGCUCUCUUCCUGGCCCACUCUAUGACGGCGGUCCCAUUGAAUACUCACUUCCUGAAUCCGAGUCCAUUCUCAAUCCUCUUAUCAAUGCUUGCUCCACCGGAUUUGUCAAGAUCGUUGAUCCUGCCGUCGAUUGCAUCCAGAAACUAAUUGCCCAUGGUUACCUGCGCGGUGAGGCUGAUCCUACUGGAGGCACUGAAGCGAAAUUGUUAUCGAAAUUGAUUGAAUCAGUUUGUAAAUGCCACGAUUUAGGUGACGAAGCAAUUGAGCUUUCGGUUCUGAAGGCGCUUUUGUCUGCCGUUACUUCAAUUUCGUUGAGAAUACAUGGCGAUUGCUUGUUGCAGAUUGUGAGGACUUGUUAUGAUAUCUAUUUAGGGAGCAAAAAUGUGGUAAAUCAAACAACAGCAAAAGCGUCAUUGAUCCAGAUGUUAGUGAUUGUGUUUAGAAGGAUGGAGGCGGAUUCUUCGACCGUCCCUAUACAGCCUAUUGUGGUGGCUGAACUAAUGGAGCCAAUUGAAAAAUCAGAUGCGGAUGGGUCAAUGACGAUGUUUGUACAGGGUUUUAUUACGAAAAUCAUGCAGGAUAUUGAUGGGGUUUUGAAUUCAGGGACGCCUAGUAAGGUUUCGUUAGGCGGACAUGAUGGUGCAUUUGAGACUACCACGGUGGAGACAACAAACCCUGCUGAUUUGUUAGAUUCCACGGAUAAGGACAUGCUGGAUGCCAAGUAUUGGGAGAUUAGCAUGUAUAAGACUGCUCUGGAGGGGAGGAAAGGGGAGUUGGCGGAUGGAGAGGCCGAGAAAGAAGAUGAUUUGGAGGUACAGAUUGGGAAUAAGUUGAGAAGGGACGCGUUCUUAGUUUUCAGAGCGCUUUGUAAAUUGUCUAUGAAGACACCACCUAAAGAGGCAUUGGCAGAUCCCCAGUUGAUGAGGGGGAAGAUUGUGGCUCUGGAGUUGUUGAAGAUUUUGUUAGAGAAUGCUGGAGCUGUGUUUAGAACUAGUGAAAGGUUUUUAGGUGCUAUUAAGCAGUAUUUGUGUUUGUCACUCUUGAAGAACAGUGCCUCAACCCUUAUGAUAGUUUUCCAACUUUCUUGCUCCAUUUUCAUAAGUCUUGUGUCAAGAUUCAGAGCUGGAUUAAAAGCAGAGAUUGGAGUAUUUUUCCCUAUGAUUGUUCUCAGAGUUCUGGAAAAUGUUGCUCAGCCUAACUUUCAACAGAAGAUGAUUGUUCUUCGAUUUUUGGAGAAGCUCUGUGUUGAUUCACAGAUCUUGGUAGAUAUAUUUACUAAUUAUGAUUGUGAUGUCAAUUCGUCAAACAUAUUUGAGAGAAUGGUGAACGGACUCCUUAAAACAGCUCAAGGUGUUCCACCUGGUACAGCGUCGACACUUUUGCCACCACAGGAGGAGACCAUGAAACUUGAAGCUAUGAAGUGCUUAGUCGCCAUUCUGAAGUCAAUGGGGGACUGGAUGAACAAACAGUUGCGCAUUCCAGAUCCUCAUUCUACCAAUAAACUAGACAUGUCUGAGAGCAGUCCUGAAGCUGGAACUCUUCCCAUGGAGAAUGGGAAUGGUGAUGAGCAUCUUGAUGGUUCAGAUUCUCAUUCUGAAGCCUCCAGUGAAGCUAAUGAUGUUUCAACAAUAGAGCAACGGCGAGCUUACAAGCUUGAACUUCAGGAAGGUAUAUCUCUUUUUAAUAGGAAGCCUAAGAAGGGAAUCGAAUUUCUUAUUAAUGCAAAUAAGGUUGGGAGCACACCAGAGGAGAUAGUGGCUUUUCUGAAAAAUGCAACUGGUUUGAACAAGACUUUGAUUGGUGAUUUUCUUGGAGAAAGGGAAGACUUAUCACUAAAAGUAAUGCAUGCCUAUGUGGAUUCCUUUGAAUUCCAAGGCAUGAAUUUUGAUGAGGCAAUCAGAGCUUUCUUACAGGGAUUUAGAUUGCCCGGUGAGGCUCAAAAAAUUGAUCGAAUAAUGGAGAAGUUUGCUGAGCGUUACUGCAAAUGUAACCCAAAGGCUUUUACUAGUGCUGACACUGCUUAUGUCCUUGCUUAUUCUGUCAUAAUGCUCAACACUGAUGCUCAUAAUCCUAUGGUGAAGGACAAGAUGUCAGUGGAUGAUUUUAUAAGAAAUAAUCGUGGCAUUGAUGAUGGAAAAGAUCUAGCGGAGGAGUAUUUGAGAUCACUGUUUGAAAGGAUAUCAAGAAAUGAGAUCAAAAUGAAAGAUGACGAUUUAGCACUCCAGCAGAAGCAAUCGAUGAACUCAAACAAAUUGCUAGGCUUGGACAGUAUCUUGAAUAUUGUGAUUCGUAAGCGGGGUGAAGAAAAUAAUAUGGGGACAAGUGAUGAUCUUAUGAGACACAUGCAAGAACAGUUCAAAGAAAAAGCUCGCAAGUCUGAGUCAGUUUAUUAUGCCGCAACAGAUGUGGUUAUUCUCAGAUUCAUGAUUGAGGUAUGCUGGGCUCCAAUGCUGGCUGCCUUCAGUGUGCCCCUUGACCAGAGUGAUGAUGAAGUAGUUAUAGCCCUUUGUCUUGAGGGUUUUCGUUCUGCAAUCCAUGUCACUGCUGUUAUGUCCAUGAAGACGCAUAGGGAUGCUUUUUUGACUUCACUAGCGAAGUUCACUUCCCUCCACUCUCCUGCUGACAUCAAGCAGAGAAACAUUGAUGCCAUUAAGGCUAUUGUUACGAUCGCUGAUGAAGAGGGGAAUUACUUACAAGAAGCUUGGGAGCAUAUUUUAACGUGUGUUUCUCGGUUUGAGCAUUUGCAUCUCCUGGGAGAGGGUGCUCCUCCAGAUGCUGCAUUUUUUGGUUUCCCUCAGAAUGAGUCAGAAAAGUCUAAACAAGCCAAGUCAACCAUCCUUCCUGUUCUAAAAAAGAAGGGGCCUGGGAGGAUGCAAUAUGCUGCUGCUACUGUGAUGAGAGGUUCAUACGACAGUGCUGGUAUCACUGGCAGUGUCGCUGGAACAGUCACAUCUGAACAAAUGAACAACUUGGUCUCGAAUUUAAACAUGUUGGAACAAGUGGGAAGCUCUGAAAUGAAUCGCAUAUUUACGCGGAGUCAAAAAUUGAAUAGUGAGGCUAUAAUAGACUUUGUCAAAGCUCUCUGUAAGGUUUCCAUGGAGGAGCUGCGCUCUGCAUCUGAUCCACGGGUUUUCAGCCUAACGAAGAUUGUUGAGAUUGCGCAUUAUAACAUGAACAGAAUUAGGCUUGUAUGGUCAAGCAUCUGGCAUGUGCUCUCCGAAUUCUUUGUGUCCAUUGGUUGUUCUGAAAACCUUUCAAUUGCGAUAUUUGCAAUGGAUUCUUUACGGCAGUUGUCAAUGAAAUUCUUAGAGCGAGAAGAGUUGGCUAAUUAUAAUUUUCAAAAUGAGUUUAUGAAGCCUUUUGUCAUUGUGAUGCGGAAAAGUGGUGCAGUUGAAAUCAGAGAAUUAAUCAUCAGAUGCGUCUCCCAAAUGGUUUUAUCUCGUGUCAACAAUGUAAAAUCAGGAUGGAAGAGUAUGUUCAUGGUUUUCACAACAGCUGCCUAUGAUGACCAUAAAAACAUUGUACUGCUUGCUUUUGAAAUUAUUGAGAAGAUAAUACGAGAUUACUUCCCAUACAUCACUGAGACUGAAACCACCACCUUUACAGAUUGUGUAAAUUGCUUAAUUGCAUUUACCAAUAGUAGAUUUAACAAAGACAUUAGCCUCAACGCAAUUGCUUUUCUACGGUUUUGUGCCAAAAAACUAGCGGAAGGAGAUCUUGGCUCCUCAUCAAAAAAUAAAGAUAGGGAUGGGUUGGGAAAGAUCACUCCAUCGUCGCCUCAUCCAGGAAAAGAUGGAAACCUAGAGAAUGGAGAAAUGACAGACAAGGAAGAUCAUUUAUGUUUCUGGUUCCCAUUGUUGGCUGGUUUAUCAGAACUGAGCUUUGACCCUAGACCAGAAAUCAGGAAGAGUGCCUUACAGGUGUUGUUUGAUACUUUGCGUAACCAUGGUCAUCUUUUCUCACUUCUGCUAUGGGAACGUGUGUUUGAAUCUGUUCUGUUCCCGAUAUUUGACUAUGUGCGGCACGCUAUAGAUCCAUCUGGCGAGGAUUCAUCUGGACAGGGCAUUGAUAGUGAUGUGGGUGACCUUGAUCAAGAUGCGUGGCUAUAUGAGACAUGUACAUUGGCCCUUCAAUUAGUAGUUGAUCUUUUUGUCAAAUUUUAUAGUACUGUCAGUCCUCUUCUGCAGAAGGUGCUGAUGCUCUUGGUAAGCUUUAUCAGGCGUCCCCACCAGAGUCUUGCUGGUAUUGGUAUUGCUGCAUUUGUUCGUUUAAUGAGCAAUGCGGGCGAACUAUUUUCUGAGGAUAAGUGGCUAGAAGUGGUUUCGUCAUUAAAGGAAGCUGCUAAUGCAACACUUCCUGAUUUCUCUUACCUUGUUAGUGGUGGAGGGACCAUAGUUAAAAGUUCUCAACAUGAUUUGACUGGACAGAGUAAUGGAGACUCUAUUGAGUCGGGCUUGUCUAAUGAUGAUUUGGAGAGCUUGAGGACAAAACGUCUUUAUGCUUCCAUAUCAGAUGCAAAAUGUCGAGCCGCGGUUCAACUUUUAUUGAUUCAGGCAGUUAUGGAGAUAUACAACAUGUAUCGAUCUCAUCUUUCUUCGAAAAGCACCUUAGUUCUUUUUGAUGCUUUACAUGACGUUGCCUCCCACGCUCACAAGAUCAACGAUGAUACUCUUCUACGUUCAAAGCUACAGGAGUUUGGUUCAAUGACUCAAAUGCAAGACCCUCCCCUAUUACGCCUUGAGAAUGAAUCUUAUCAGUUUUGCCUCACGUUUCUACAGAACCUUAUGCUUGAUAGGCCUCUGGGGUAUGACGAGGGUGAGGUGGAGUCCUGCCUUAUUGACCUAUGCAGGGAGGUGUUGCAGUUUUACAUUGAAACUGCGUCUUCUGGCCAUUCAUCUGAAUCAUCAGUCAGUGGGCAACCCUGUUGGUCGAUACCUAUGGGUUCGGGAAAACGAAGGGAAUUGGCUGCCCGCGCACCUCUUAUUGUGUCAACUCUCCAGGCCAUCUGUAGUUUAGGAGAGUCUUCAUUUGAAAAGAACCUGACUUGUUUCUUUCCGUUUCUUUCAAGCUUGAUAAGUUGUGAACAUGGUUCAAAUGAGGUCCAGAUGGCUUUGAGUGAUAUGCUCAGCUUAACAGUGGGUCCUGUUUUGCUUCGUUCAUGUUGACUUGGGUGAGCUCAGACUUUGGUAUAGGGAGAUGUAAGAUAUUCAUGUCGAAGUCUGUAGUUACUAUUUUUAUCCACUUUUCUUUAUAGUAAUUGUUUUUGCAGCAUAGUUUCACAGUAUCGAGGGUUAUGAUGGUUUUGGAUAUUGCUUCUGAUCGUUGUGUAGUUUGUUUAGAUUGUAUCUUUGGGAGUUCUUAUGUCGUAUGCUAGUAUUUUUUUUUCAACAAAUGAAUUUCAUGGAAAUAGUUUCCCGUAAAGAAUUGAUUCUGCUA